CUGGGGCCCGCCGCCCUGUUCUCUUCAGUUCUGCUGUUUCUUUCCUUGCUAUCUUUUCUGGAGAAUCCGAGAUGUCUGGUCGUGGCAAACAGGGAGGCAAGGCGCGAGCCAAGGCUAAAUCGCGCUCCUCGCGCGCGGGCCUACAGUUUCCGGUGGGCCGCGUGCACCGCCUGCUCCGCAAGGGCAACUACUCGGAGCGUGUGGGCGCCGGCGCCCCGGUGUACCUGGCGGCCGUGCUCGAGUACUUGACGGCCGAAAUCCUGGAGCUGGCGGGCAACGCGGCGCGCGACAACAAGAAGACGCGCAUCAUCCCGCGCCACCUGCAGCUGGCCAUCCGCAACGACGAGGAGCUCAACAAACUGCUGGGCCGCGUGACGAUCGCGCAGGGCGGCGUCCUGCCCAACAUCCAGGCCGUGCUGCUGCCGAAGAAGACUGAGAGCCACCACAAGGCCAAGGGCAAGUGAGGCCCGCGCCCCGCGGCCCGUGACCGACACCAAAGGCUCUUUUCAGAGCCACCCACUGCCUCGAGAAAAGAGCCGCACUGACCACGCAGCCCCUAUGGCCAGCCCCUCACCGCCUUCCCGGAAAAGGAAGGAAUACGGCGGCCUGGGUUCCCCGGGGGCCGACCUAUGGUCUCUGCUUGCUCAUAUUACCAUUCCUCAAAGACGUCACCACCACCCCUGUAAUGUACCCUCCCCAGUAUCACUAGUGACGAAUUACCUGGGACUCCAGAAAGGUCACAUUUAGACGUUAAGUCAGGAAUGCCACUGUUCUCGAGAUGAUGGUCCAGUCGAUUCAUCCAGUGACAAAAGUAAUCUUAAUCUGUGGUGUGAGGUUCUGAGAAACCCUGGGGUUUCCACGUGAUAGUGUUUGAGCCCAGAGUUGGGAUAGCUAAAUUUUAACAAAGCGAAAUCCACCAAAGUCAGGAUCUGAUUUUGUUGCGUUGGGAUUUCUAAAGGUCUUGGGAAAGUUUUUGUUUGUUUGUUUUUUAAUAAUUGCUCUGUCCUAAAAUUGGAUGUAAAUGUUUUUUUUUUUUUAAUUGUUUGGGGGGGUACCGGUGAUCAAACUCGGGUCCUUGUGCUUGUGAGGCAGAGGUUGGAACCACUGAGCCAAAUCCCCAGCCCUUGGGUGUAAAUGUUUUAAGGAGACAUAAUUGAAAUAGGAUACUUAAAUUCAGUUUUGAGUUGAUCAGACAUUAAGGAUCCCCCUAAAUUGCUAGAAUCAAAAAUUUAAAAAUUUGUACA